AUGGCCCAAGCAAAGGACCACUGGUCUACCGAGGCAUAUUCGACCUCCGCCUCAUUUGUCCCCAAACUAGCCCAGACUUUACUACAGUACCUAGAUCCCCAACCCACAGAUAAAGUACUGGACAUAGGCUGUGGCGACGGGAAGUACACCGAGGCCUUCCUGCCCGCCGUGCAGUCCGUGCUGGGUGUGGAUGCAUCCCCAGCGAUGAUUGAAGCGGCGAGUAAGGAAUACGGAAAUGCGAAGGCGGAGUUCCGCGUCGUGGAUUGCUGUUAUUUGGAAAAAGAAAAAGAGAUUGUUAAUGGGAGCUGGGAUAAAGUGAUCUCGAACGCGGCAUUGCAUUGGAUCCUGCGCAAUGAAUCCACCCGCCUGAACACUCUCAAAGCCAUAUACGAUAGUCUGAAACCCGGCGGAAGGUACGUGUUUGAGAUGGGCGGGCACGGCAAUAUUGCCGAGGUGCAGACGGCGAUGAUCUUUGCCCUCGUCCAGCAGGGUUUCUCGAUUGAGAAGGCCAGAGAGACCAGUCCGUGGUUUUUCCCGUCGGUGACCUGGAUGACCAAGGCGUUGGAAGAGAUCGGGUUCAAGGUUGAGAAGAUGGAGUUGGAGUAUCGGCCGACGAAGCUGACUGAUGCGGUAAAUGGUGGAUUGGCGGGAUGGGUAAGACUGAUGGGUGCGCCGUUCUUGGAUGCUCUUCCCGAGGAAAAGCGCGAGGGCGUUGCGCAGCAAGUAUGUGAGGUUCUUCAGACGGCGGUGACGUACCAUGAGGAUGGUAGUCAGUGGCUGGGAUAUGUGCGGUUGAGGGGUAUCGCUACGAGGGUAUAA